UUAAUUUUUAUGGGUUUAUGAAUUUGAUUCUGAAUAAUGAAUUGAAAAUUAUCAACUAAUUUCACAUUGCAAAACAUUGUUCAAAAAUUUUUUUAUACCUACCCCAUAAUAGCCGAAAAAAAAUUUGUGAAAUGAAAAUGCAACUUUGAGAAUCAGACUUACGAGGAUUACAGACAGCUCAAAUUUUGGAGAUGUUCAUUUUUCAAUGUACUUUUUUAAGAGCGCAUACUUAGUUUUGAUUUCGUUUUUUUGAUCUAUCAACUAUUAUCUGAUUUGACCGAUUUCUAAGAACAUACAAAAUAAUUGGAAAGCUAAGCAGUGAGAUGCCGAUUAUACGAAGUGGUACUCGAUGCUUCCGUUCUGGUCAGAUUCGAGACAAAAAUCGUCAGAGACGAAUGCGUGUGUCGCGAGCCGAUGAAUCAGCCCUCAAACAAUCGUAAACUAGUGAAUUUAUGGAGCAUAAGAGAGCAGGAGCCGAUACCGAUGCUUGUUUGCACUACAUCAGUUUUGGCUGUUCAACAUCUCCGCAAACAACUGGGCACGUAUUGUCAUCGCAAAGAGUGAAAAUCUUGCUCGAGUCAUGUCGCGCCUCUGCUGCUACUCUUUAUUUUGCAUUCCACCGACAAAUCGCUCGAACGUCGACGACAGUUCAACAACUUCUUCGCAGGCAAGUAGUAAUGUCAGUAGCGGUGCUGGCAGCGGCACAUGGUUGUGUUUGGGCUCGGCUUCGUUAGCCCUUUUGUCGCUUUGUGUCGUCAUCGUAGCCGUGUCAACCGACAAAUGGCUUUUAACCGAAGAAAAACUGGCUCGUUUACCCUGGACUAAUCAGCAGCAGCAACAGCAGCAAAACCAACGUAAAAACGGCAACAACAGCGAGAACAUCAAGCUCACCUACAGCGGACUUUGGACAGUUUGCGUUGCUUAUGCAGCAGAAACGUACCAGGAGUUCGAGUGCUCGAGUAUCGAUUACUUCCCAAAGGAGGAAUACAGCCCAGAUCCGAGCGAUUCGACCAUGGCAAUACCCUACGCAGUUACCAAGUCAGCUGUCUUCUUUCUUGUUGCUACCGCACUGCUGAUAGCCGCUGAGUUUUGCUACCUCUUUGGACUACUACUGCGACCGAGGACAAGCCUUUAUAUAUUCACUGCCGCAGUUAUUAUGAUUGUUUCAGGGCUACUUAUGCUUGUUGGUAUGGUUAUGUACAUUUCGAUAUUCAAAGCUGAAGUGGGCAGUAAAUUACGUCCUCGCUCCUCUUUUCAAGGUCCUCCUUUCGUCUACCGUUACGGCUACUCGUUUCUGCUAUAUGUAAGCGGCUUCAUAACUACAGAACUGGCCGGCAUUACUGCCAUCUUUCUGCAUAUCUCCUGGCAGCAACUCGAACUCGACCGAGAAUUUUCAAAGCGCAAAUGCCUCAACCAUGAUUCAUACCCGUUAAACUACAAUUACUCGGGACAUAGUCACAAUCAUCAUCACAUGUUAAUGCCCCCGCUACAAACCCAUCGCUACUACAGCUCGAUGCUCGGUUAUCAUCUCUGCGAUCACCACCAAAAGCGAUACUUAUACGAGAGGCCAAUAUUUACUGAGUCCACGGACUUGUAUCAACACCAGCAUCAGCAGCAAAUGAAUCAUCAUCACCACCAUCAUUAUCACGCUCACAAUCAUCACAAUCAUCACAAUCAUCAACAUCAGAACAUGGCGCACUUGGAGUGCUGCGAAGAGUUGAUGUCGAGGUCGCACAGCGUCACCUCCUGCAAUCGUUAUCACACAGGAAUGCCUCAUGAUCUUACAACGGAAACGGUGAGCACGAUAGCUGACGUUCUUCAAGACGACUGCCGAGCGAGUACACCGCAACACGAAUGUGUGAGCUUUGACCUGGGCGAUAAUUUACCUCCGCUACCUGAGACUGUAAGGAGCAGUGCUUGGAAAUCCAAUUCCUUUAAGAGAACUACGCCUGUUUGAUACACCGUAAGGUACGCUAAAUUGCUUCAGAUCGGGCCAAACACCAACUACGAUGACGACGACAACGACAGGACCAGUAGCUACUCUUUGUCAUCCACCGAAGAAACUGCCAAACCAAACGAUUCGAAUGAUAAGACUCUGUUGCUGGACAAUCAAUAAAUCAUUAUUUUAAA